UUAACCGGAGAACAGGGGUUUGUUGAAGCGGGGCUCUAACGGGAGAAAGAACCCAGCGAAAGGAGCCGACACGUCUGUAACGUGUUCGGAGCGAGCCGCGGACUGUCUGGCCCUUAUCUCACUUUGAACAUAGCCCACAUGCACCCGGGUUAACUCCCAGCCAUCGCAGCCCACCCGUGUGUCCAUCGGCCGGCUCGUCGCGGCGGUGCGGUCCCUAGCGGAAACAAAGCGGACCCUCUCCUCGGCUAGUCCUCGGCUCACGUCCCCGCUGAAGAAGACACUUUUCUGGGGCUAAUGUUGCUCUGAACCAUCGAGGAAACCACGUUAAAGCGUCUACACAAGAUGGAUUUGCGGUUACUGUUAAUAGCGUCUCUAUCGGCCGUCCUCUGCAGCAGCUGGGCACAGCAAGAGGGAAGCAUCUGCAUCAAAGCAAACGCUCAGUCAUGUGGGGAAUGCAUCCAGGUGGCCGAGAUGUGUGGAUGGUGCUCGGAUGAAAAAUUCCUCUCUCAGGGCGAAUCCAAGUCGGCCCGGUGUGAUGACCUGGAGUCGCUGAAGAAGAGGAAGUGCAGCGUGGCCACGAUCGAGAACCCACGCGGACGCGUCGAGAUCAACACCAACAAGCCGGUCACCAACCGCAAGGACUCGAAUGAGAAGCUGAAGCCUGAGCAGAUCACCCAGAUCCAGCCACAGAAACUCACCCUGACACUCAGAUCUGGUGAGCCUCAGACCUUUGACCUGAAGUUCAAGCGUGCUGAGGACUACCCCAUCGACCUGUACUACCUUAUGGACCUUUCAUUCUCCAUGAAAGACGAUUUGGAAAACGUCAAGAACCUCGGCACCGACCUGAUGAGGGAAAUGCAGAAGAUCACAACAGACUUCAGGAUUGGUUUCGGCUCCUUUGUGGAGAAGACGGUCAUGCCUUACAUCAGCACCACGCCAGCCAGGCUCAUCAACCCCUGCACGGGGAACCAGAACUGCACCAGUCCCUUCAGCUACAAGAACGUCCUGAAGCUGACGAACAACGGAGACGAGUUCAACCAGCUGGUCAGUCAGCAGCAGAUCUCAGGAAACCUGGACUCCCCGGAGGGAGGCUUCGACGCCAUCAUGCAGGUGGCGGUCUGUGGGGAGCACAUCGGCUGGAGGAACGUGACUCGUCUGCUGGUGUUUUCCACCGACGCUGGUUUCCACUUCGCUGGAGACGGCAAACUGGGAGGCAUCGUCCUCCCCAAUGAUGGGAAGUGUCAUCUGGAGAACAACAUGUACACCAUGAGCCACUACUACGACUACCCCUCCAUCGCACAUUUGGUCCAAAAACUGAGCGACCACAACAUUCAGACCAUCUUUGCCGUCACUCACGAAUUCCAGCCUGUUUACAAGGAGCUGAAAAACCUGAUUCCUAAAUCAGCCGUCGGAACGCUGUCCUCCAACUCCAGCAACGUGAUCAAACUCAUUAUUGAUGCUUACAAUGCUCUGUCAUCUGAGGUCAUUCUGGAAAACGGCCGGCUGCCAGAGGGCGUGUCCAUCACCUACAAGUCCAUCUGUAAGAACGGCGUGGAGGGGACGGGAGAGAACGGCAGGAAGUGCUCCAACAUUUCCAUCGGAGACGAGGUGUCUUUCAAGAUUUCCAUCGAAUCCCAGAAGUGUCCGUCAAAGAGCCGUCGUGAGGUCAUCAAAAUCAAACCGCAGGGCUUCACCGAGGAGGUGGAGGUGGUUCUGAACUUCAUCUGCGACUGUCAGUGCGCCGCGGACGGAGAACCGAAGAGUGAGAAGUGCAACGAGGGCAACGGGACCUUCGAGUGUGGAGCCUGCAAGUGCAAUGAGGGACGUAUUGGGCGUGAGUGUGAGUGCAGCAAAGACGAAGUGCGGACAGAGGACCUGGACGCCAACUGCCGGAAAGACAACGGCACCGAUAUCUGCAGCAACAACGGCGACUGUGUCUGCGGCACCUGCGAAUGUAAGACGCGGGAAAAUCCAGCGGAGGUUUACAGCGGGAAAUACUGCGAGUGUGACAACUUCAACUGUGAUCGCUCCAACAACAAGCUCUGUGGAGGACAUGGACGCUGUGAGUGCAGGAAGUGCAUCUGCGACGCCAACUACACGGGCAGCGCCUGCGACUGCUCCCUGGAGACCUCCACCUGCCUGGCGAAGAACGGGCAGAUCUGUAACGGCCGCGGCACCUGUGAGUGUGGAAUCUGCAAGUGCACCAAUCCCAAGUUCCAGGGUCCGACCUGCGAGAUCUGUCCCACCUGCCCCGGGGUCUGCGCCGAGCACAAAGACUGUGUGCAGUGCAAAGCUUUCAAGGCCGGUGAGAAGAAGGACACGUGUGAGCGGGACUGCAGCUACUUCGAGCUGAUGAAGGUGAAGGACCGCGACAAGCUGCCCCAGCCCACCGACCAGAGCUUCCCUCUGACUCACUGCAAAGAGAGAGAUGCCAACGACUGCUGGUUCUACUACACCUACGCCAUCAGGAAUGACACCAAGGAGGUCUUCGUGGUGGAGAACUUGGAGUGCCCAUCAGGCCCUGACAUCAUCCCCAUCGUGGCCGGCGUGGUCGCUGGCAUCGUGCUGAUCGGCCUCGCCCUGCUGCUCAUCUGGAAGCUGCUCAUGAUCAUCCACGACCGCCGAGAGUUCGCCAAGUUCGAGAAGGAGAAGAUGAACGCCAAGUGGGACACGGGCGAGAACCCGAUCUACAAAAGUGCCGUAACAACUGUCGUCAAUCCAAAGUACGAGGGCAAGUGAUGGAGCUCUGCCUCGGCUGUGUCAACACUGUAUGGAGAAGAAACAUGGGUCCGGGUGAAAGGGAGGGGAGGGGGGGGGUUAUAACGCUCACUGUUUGUCUGUUUUGUUUGUUUGUAUGUUGUAGUCACCAAAAUGAUAGCAAUGCAUUCUGCCACUAUUUCAGUGUGUUUUACUAACUUGGUUUUUAUUUUCUAUGCAUCGUAUGAAAUGUGUACAGUCUGUGUAAAUGUGGGGUUUUAUAUUUGAUGUUGUGCCUCUGCAGAACUCGAGAGAAAGUGUUGUGAACAGAUUCCCUUCUCUGCCACAGGACUGGCAAGGUAACGAAAUGCUCAACUGGGCCUUUUUAGAGAGCCGUCAAGCCAUCAGUGUUUUGUUGAGGGUCUAAUUGGACGUUGAUGAUGGGCAACAAAUGAAGUUUUCCUUUCCAAAUGAUCAUGCAAGUCGAGCAAAGGUUUUAUUGUGUCUCUAAUUAUUUUGACCGAGUAGAUAUCACACUUUUCUUAUUAACCGUCUCUUUGGAUUGAUCUCUUCAAAUGUAGCGCCGGUCGGCCGUGUGUGGCAGCAAUGAAUUGUGUACAGUAUGUGUCUGGGUUCUGUGUAAAGCCAUAUAUGUAUUCACAGAACCAGGUUGGUGGCGUUAGUAUUGUUUUUGUCUGAGUGACUUAAUUCCAUCAGAACAAUCAAUUGAAUCGUGUCUUUAUCUACAAAAGAUAUUUUCUUGCGUUGCCUUUCUGGCUGAAAGGACGUCAGUGUACAGUCGUGUUUCUGUUUGGCUCCAGGUUUUUCUUUACUCAAGUUAAAAGCCAACUCAGGUCCUGAAUUCUUCACAGCAAUGCCAAAUACGCAAACCUGCCUUAUUAUUUGCUAACUAACUUAGCUUAUAUUGAAUUGCCUUGUUUUUAUUUGUAGAAAAUGAACUGGGUAAUGGCCCCAGUUUCUCUUUUGUUAACAUGUGAGUAGUUCCACUCGGCCAUUUGUCGGUGCCUCGAUCAAACAAUUUUUUAUGAACAGAAAUAGGAAUGGAUAAAAAAAAAAGAGUCACAUAGUGUUAAAGAUCUUUGAUCCCCCGAUCUUUGUUUUUGUUAAGAACAAAAGAAGGUUACACCAGUCACCAUUGUUUUUAAGUGCCUUUUUUUAGUUUUUCCCACAAAAUCACAUUUGCAACUCUGUAUUUCUGAAAAUUAUUUAUUGAAUAAACAUUCAAAACAA